UGGAAGCAAUCUUCAAAAUAAGAACCUGUAUAGGAUCCCAAGAUGUAUAAACACGUCUUUCUGACAGGACCACCUGGCGUUGGGAAGACAACAUUGAUUAAAAAAGCCACUGACGCUUUCAGAUCUCCUGGAGUUCCCAUAGAUGGAUUUUACACAGAGGAGGUCAGACAAGCUGGAAGAAGAAUAGGAUUUGAUGUGGUCACUUUGUCUGGGAAACGAGGAAUCUUGUCCAGAAUUGGGAAUUCCUCAGGACUUUCUGGACAACGUGAAUACAGAGUUGGUCAAUAUGUAGUAGAUCUGCCAUCAUUUGAAAAUGUAGCUCUUCCUCUUCUUCAGAACGUAAACGCUGGAGGGAGUACUGGAAAGCGGGUAUACAUCAUAGAUGAGAUUGGAAGAAUGGAACUGUUCAGCCAGUCCUUUAUUCAGGCUGUGCGGCAGACCCUUGAAAAUGCACAGUCUUCAAUUCUUGGUACAAUUCCGAUUCCAAAAGGAAAGCCACUGGGCAUUGUGGAAGAAAUAAGGAACAGGAGAGACGUUAAGGUUUUUACUCAAUUCCCCACAUGGCUCUGGAGACCCGAAAGUUCAGUGGGUGCCCUCCAAUCCCACGACCAAGCCAUCUCUUAUUUUGUGUCCAAUUGCUAUUUACCCCCUCCCUGCCAAUGCAAUGCUGCCUUCGUAGUCCCAAGUGAACACCAGCCAUCACACAGCCAGGACAAGAAUGUGUGCUGUAUGACUCGCUUUGCUCACCACGCAGCUUCACUUCUACCACGUGAACCACUCGGGAACCCCACAUUAAAUAUGUUUUGAAACCAACAAACCAUUACUUUUUUUUUUUUUUUUUAU